AUGGUCAGGGUCGCUGUGGCUGGCGGCUCAGGGCAGGUCGCCCGAGAGGUUAUCGACGCCCUGGUGGCAUCAAAGAAGCACUGUAUUACAAUACUGAGCAGGACCGAUGCUCCCAUGGCCAUCACCGCGCCCGGGACCAACUGGCAGACCGUCGACUACAGUGAUAAGAAAACCCUGGUCGAGGCCCUUCAAGGGGUCCAUACGCUCUUGUCUUUCGUCCAGCCUCUAUCGGACCCUGAGCAAAGGUCGCAAAAAAACCUUAUUGACGCCGCCAUCUGCGCUGGUGUCAAGCGCUUUGCACCAAGCGAAUACGGAAGCGCAGGAAUCGCCCGUAUGCCCUGGUGGCAGGGGAAGGACAGAAUAAGAGAGUAUCUGAAGGAAGUGAACAGUGAAGCGAAUGUCCUCGAGUACACUUUGUUCCAGCCUGGUCUGUUCUUAGACUACCUGGCUUUCCCUUACAUGACAGCGAAAUAUCUCGAUCCCCUGCAAACUGUUUUCGACUUUGAGAACAGGCGUGCCAUGGUUGUGGAGGGUCACGAAGAUGCCAUUAUGACUCUAACAACGGUCGCGGAUCUUGCUGAGGUUGUCGCUCUGGCAGUUGAAUACAGUGGUAGAUGGCCUACAACCAGUGGUAUUAGGGGCAAUCGACUCACGUUCUCCCAAAUUCUGAAAAUUGGAGCGAGAAUUCGAGGACACGCUUUCGCUGUCGAAAAAGUUAAUAUUGAGGAUCUCGAGGCUGGCCACCUGAAGACGUCGUGGCGCCUUGAAGCGGUUCACCAAGCAGCCUCUGACCACGACGCAUCCAAUCUCCUCCAAGCUGUAUCCAUUGGCAUUCUUCUAAGCAGUUCGAAGGGCGCCUGGGACUCAUCAGACGAGGUGAAUCAACUCUUCCCAGAUUAUGAGUUUACUCAGGCCGAGGAUUUCCUUUCAAAGGUUUGGAGUGGAAAGCCAUGA